AUGAAAAUUCGCCGCUCCGUCAUCGGUUUGCGUCUGUCACAGGAGAAAUUUGGAACAAGCGGAAAAGAAAGAUGCUCCGUUGCCUUUUGCGUAAAGAAAAGGAGAAGAGAAAGAUGCUCUGUUUCCAUUACUUUUAGGAGAACUAAAUUUGAUGUUCUUGAGCUGUAUCUUCGUGAAUAUACAGGCUCGAAUACGACCACCCGCAUUCGAUGUUUCCAUGAAUCAGCAUCGUACUAAUAUUGUUGUUGCAGACGAGCAACAGUUGUUCUCAGUCCGGGCAUAAUUCCAAUUUCUAUACAGAGGCUCCAAUACGAAUAUCAUCCGCGUUCCAUUUUCCCAACACCCAACAAGUUAUGAGCGAGUCAAUGGGAGUACCCCAACCCCUCUUCACUAAAGAAAGUUGCUACGCAUUUCCAAGAAGGUUGCUGUGCCUUUCCAUUCCAAAAACUUUCAGUUCGUUGAUAGAUGGUUUUUU